CCUAAGAGGACCCUUUGCGAAAAUUUUUUGUCUGCCUUUUUUAACAAGAUAAUUUAAAGUAGCUAUAGCAUUGCAUUAAAUGUCGCUGUUUCGCAAGCCGAAGAAAAUACAGCGGCGCGUGUUCUCCAGCGGUGUGGACGAUGACAAUGACGGGGCCACGUUGGACUUGGACGCCGAGAUGGAGUCGGCACCGCCGCCGCCGAUAUUAUCCGGCAAACGCGACAAGGAAAAAGUGAAGAAAACCAUCAAAACGAAUGAUGACAACAAGCCAAAAGCUUUGCUUAGCUUUGCCGACGAUGAGGAUGAUGGGGAGGUCUUUCAAGUGCGGAAAUCGUCGAAUAGCAAGAAAAUAAUGCGCUUGAUGGACAAGGAGCGGCGCAAGAAGAAGCGCGAGGAGCGAACGGAGCACGGUAGCACGGAAAAUGGUAGUACACAGCAUUUAGAGUCGUCCAGUGCCACGGGUGCUUCGGGUGCUACAAAUUCUAGUAGAUAUAAAAACGCGAGCAGCGAUCAGAGUAAAAGUAAAAAAAGUGAUAAUCAUAUGAUCCAAACCGAAAUACGCACAGACGACUUUGUGCUCGUGGUUAAGAAAUCAGAGACCCCCGAGGCUGUUCUGAAUGGUCGGGCGGCCCUCUGUGCCGGGCGUGAUGAUAUGAGCGACGAUGGAGGCGAUCCAUCGGACGAUGGGGGCCAUAGCAAGGAGCAUCAUCGCUUCUCCAAGCCGGAGGCAUUGAAGCAAAUGCUGGAGAGUGGCUCCAUUCCAGAUGCGGCAAUGAUACAUGCCGCUCGCAAACGACGACAGCGAGCCAGAGAACAGGGUGCCGGUGAUUAUAUACCCAUUGAGGAGAGCAAAGAGCAACCCAAACUGAGCACCCGCCUGCCCAACGAGGAUGUCGAGGGCGAUCAGUCGGACGAUGAGGAGCGUGUGGACAUGAGCGACAUAACCGGUCGCAAGGAACGUGAAGAGCGUCGCGAGCAGUUCUAUGCCGUCGAGAAUGAUUCGACCGAUGAAGACUCUGACCGCGAGAUGAACGAGUGGGAGAACCAGCAGAUCCGCAAGGGCGUCACCGGUGCCCAGCUAGUCCAUGCCCAGCACGAAACUGUGCUCUCACGCUUCAUGAUCAAACCGGCGGCGCCCAGCGGUGCUCUAGCCCUGGAAGACGCCGACCUAGUGGCCCCACAGUCCACCUCCACGCUGCUGGAACAAGCCUAUGCGAAGAAUGCCCUCGAUCGCAGCCAUCUGGCCUCAGCCAUGCGCAGCUCUGCCGCAAAGCCCAAAAAGGAAAAACCCAAGGCCACAGCACUGCGCACACCCCAGGAGAUAUUCACUGCCAUUCAGUCACGCCUUGCGGAGAUUAAAGAACGCUCGGCGGAUCACUCGGCCACCAUGGCCAGAGUCAGCUUGGAGCUGAAGGAACUAAAGCUGCAGCAGCAGGAGUGCCAGAAGAAUGCUCCAACGGCGGCAGCCAAGUACAAAUUCUAUCAGGAGGUCAAGUGCUAUGUGAACGAUCUGGUGGAUUGCCUGGCCGAAAAGAGCCCCGUCAUCAACGAGCUGGAAAAACGGGCCCUGCAUCAGUCGGGAAAGAAUAAUCGCUAUCUGGUGAAUCGCCGGCGACAGGAUAUCAGAGAUCAGGCCAAGGAAAUGGCCGAGGCAACAAAACCUAUUUCCGCUGCUGCCCGUCGCACACCGGAAUACGAAGAACAAGUGCGCCGCGCAGCCGAGCGGGAGGGACGAAGGACACGUCGUCGCUGCGAACGUGAACGCAACGAUCUCUUGGCCUCCCACUUGGAUGGCAUGUCCAGCGAUGAUGAAAUAGCCGACCAGCAGCAGGAACAGAGUGUGUCUGCCACUGCGCAAACGCAAAAGGAAGCUGACGAAGCGUUUGAAGAUGUCACCGAUGAAUUCUGCAAAAUCGAGCUCAUUCUCAUGAAGUUCUAUGCUUGGCGAAAGACCGACAUGUCCUCGUAUCUGGAUGCGUUUGUUAGCUUGUGUUUGCCCAAACUAUUGGCCCCACUAGUGCGCCACGAACUGCUGGUGUGGUCGCCAUUGCUGGAGGUGUAUGCAGACAUAGAGACAAUGCGCUGGUAUCAGGCUUGCAUGCUGUACGCCUGUCAGGCAGAUGAAACAAUGGAGCAGCUAAAGAACGAUCCUGAUGUGAAUCUAGUGCCAUCGCUCAUUGAUAAGAUUGUGCUGCCAAAAGUGACCUCUUUGGUCACGGAAUGCUGGGAUCCCUUGUCUACCACACAAACACUGCGGCUCGUGGGCUUUAUCAAUCGCUUGGGUCGUGAUUUUCCACUCACUGGAACCAAUAAGCAGCUCAAGAAACUCUUUGAAUCGAUUAUGGAACGCAUGCGAUUGGCAUUGGAGAAUGAUGUGUUUAUACCGAUAUUUCCCAAGCAAGUGCAAGAAGCGAAGACUUCAUUCUUUCAGCGUCAAUUCUGCAGCGGCCUGAAGCUCUUUCGCAACUUUCUCAGCUGGCAGGGCAUCCUGGGGGACAAGCUACUACGUGAGCUGGCAAUUGGGGGGCUACUAAAUCGCUACCUGCUGCUGGCCCUGCGUGUCUGCUCGCCCAAUGAUGCCAUCAACAAGGCCUAUAUCAUAGUAAAUACCCUGCCCACGGUUUGGUUGCUGCCCAACAGCGAAACUCUCAAGAAUUUGGAACUAUUUAUAAUGUAUAUAAAACAAACAUUGGACAGCUGCGAUUCCAGCAAUCCAGUUUUUAUGCAAUCCUGCGAAAAGGCCAAGCAAAUGCUAAUAAGACUACAUAGUUAUUAAAGUA